AUGGAAAAUUGCUCUAGAGAGAUGGAUAAGGAGGUCACAACACCACUGCUAGUGAAAGAUGAUGAGAUAGAGAGCACAUUUGUUCAAGAACUCAAGAGGGUCAGUUUCAUGGCAGCUCCAAUGGUAGCUGUCACUGUGUCACAAUAUCUUCUACAAGUGGUUUCUCUUAUGAUGGUUGGACAUCUUGGGAUUCUUGUUUCAUUCUCUGGUGUUUCCAUUGCCAUGUCUUUUGCUGAAGUCACUGGCUUCAGCGUCCUUUUGGGAAUGGCUGGUGCGUUGGAAACACUAUGUGGCCAAACCUAUGGUGCAGAAGAAUAUGGAAAACUAGGAAACUACACAUGCUGUGCAAUCUUAACACUAAUUGUAGUUUGUUUACCUAUAUCACUUGUAUGGAUAUUCACUGAUAAAAUCCUAUUGAUGUUUAGUCAAGACCCUGAUAUUUCUCAUGUAGCUCGUGAAUAUUGCAUAUGCCUAAUUCCAGGUCUAUUUGGUUACGCGGUUCUUCAAGCAUUGAUUCGAUAUUUCCAGACUCAGAGUAUGAUCCUUCCCAUGGUUUUUAGCUCAGUUACAGCUCUAGUUUUGCACAUUCCUAUUUGUUGGGUUCUUGUUUUUAAAUUUGGAUUGGGACACACUGGAGGUGCUUUAGCCAUUGGAAUUUCUUAUUGGUUGAAUGUGAUUUGGCUUUGGAUUUAUAUGAAGUACUCUCCGUCGUGUCAAAAAACAAAGAUUGUGUUCUCUACUCAUGCUUUGCUUAACCUACCAGAGUUCUUCAAAUAUGCUAUUCCUUCUGGACUCAUGUUUUGCUUUGAAUGGUGGUCCUUUGAAAUUCUUACAUUACUUGCUGGACUUUUACCUAAUCCUCAACUUGAAACCUCUAUACUUUCUGUCUGCCUGAACACCACAACAUUGCAUUACUUCAUUCCAUAUGCGGUUGGAGCAUCUGCAAGUACUCGUGUUUCGAACGAAUUAGGAGCCGGAAAACCAAAGACAGCUAAGGGAGCUGUUAGAGUUGUUGUUAUUAUUGGAAUUGCAGAAGCAAUUAUUGUCAGCACAUUCUUCCUUUGUUUCAGAAAUAUUUUAGGAUAUGCUUAUAGCAAUGAUGAACAAGUUGUGAAUUACAUCGCGGAAAUGGUUCCUCUUCUCUGUGUUUCCAUUAGCGCCGACAGUCUCAUCGGAGUACUUUCAGGGGUUGCAAGAGGAGGUGGAUUUCAAGAAAUGGGAGCAUAUGUGAACCUUGGAGCAUACUAUAUAGUUGGAAUUCCUUUGGGUGUGUUAUUAGGUUUUCAUCUAAAACUAAAUGAUAAGGGUUUAUGGAUGGGAACUUUAUCAGGAUCUGUUCUAAAUGUUAUUAUAUUAUCUAUUGUAACAGCACUAACUGAUUGGCAAAAAGAGGCAACAAAAGCAAGGGAGAGGAUAAUGGACCAGUCAAUGAAAAGUAACAGUAACACACUGGUGAUAUGA